AUGUCACUUCAAAUUAAAUUUAUUACAAAAUUACAAAAAUUUUCUGUACCUGAUACAACAUUAGUGAUACCUUGUUCAACAACAAAUAGUCAAUUAGACGCUAUUUUAAAAGGAUUAUUACAAAGAACAGUAUCUUCCAAUGUUUUAUCAAAACUUUUAUUUGAUUUUUUAUGUUUUAAUAAAUUAAUUCGUUCAUCAUUAGAAGAACAUAUAAAAGAAAAAGAUGAAUCAUUACUUGAAACAAUUAUUGAAAUAGAAUAUAUUGAAAAAUUUCAAGGUCCGCAACCUGAAGAUGCAUUAAUACAUGAUAUUUGGAUAUUAGAUUGUCAAGCUUUAAGUGAUUCAAUAUUAGUUGCUUCUUAUGAUACUAAAGUUCAUUUAUGGAAUAAUCAAAGAGAACAUAUUGCAAGUCUUCCAGGACAUGCAGCUCCUGUUCGAUCACUUGCUUUUAUUUAUUCAGAUGAAGGUGAACAUGAAUUUAUAAGUGGACCACAUGAUCAAACAAUUUUAAUAUGGAAAUAUGAUCAAAAUUAA